AGUUCAACUAACUAACCAAUGAACCUACGUCAGUGAAAGCCUAUUUUUAGGUGCCGACGGCUGAUCCUGCUGGCUGCGCUAUCGCCGGCAGUCUUUUGUCUUUACUAUGGAGAACUUGCUGAAUAGAUCACAAAUCAGAAUUAUUUACAUUUAAAUCUGAAUCAGUGGAAGUAUUUUGGUCAACAACUCAAGUAGUCAAUUUUUUUAAUUAUUUAAUAAAUUUGGGGAUUUCAGUUCAUAGGGCUAGAAAGGGAGGAUACUAUAGUUGGUGCCUUCAAUUGGAUGAAAGGCAUUGAUCCAGAGAUUUGGUUUCUUUUUACAAACUACAGAGGGUUGCCGGAAAUCAAGUCCCAAUGGCUUCUUAUAACACGUCGAGUGAAAAGGGCGGCGACGUGUUUCACCCAAUUCCGGCACGUUCAGUUCGUCGGUCGUUGCACUUGCCCGUAAUCGUGCUUGUAUUUACGUUGUUGCUGAAUAUCAACUAUGUUUCGUCAUACUCAUCAGGAUGCUGGGAUUUUACUUGCAGCAAUUCCACAGAUAUGGAAAGAGGGAAGUUGGGUCCUAAAACCCCCGGUGUAUGCUCUGAAAAGGACAAACAUCUUCCAGUUUGUGAAUGUGGAUUCAAAAUGUUGGACUCUUGCUUCUUGAAUAAGAACAAGAUGCUUGAAAUUGAAAAGGGAGCAAAUGACUUUAACAUACCUAUAAUCAGAUCCAACCGAAAGUUGGUUGCCACUACUGAUGGAGGUCUGGAUAACCCGUCUUGUUUAGUCUUCAAUUCUGCAUGGAAGGUCCAACAACUAGAACAUGAGCCAAACAAAAAGCUCAAUUAUCCAUCACCUGCUGGUAUACAAAGACCAAAAAGUGAUGAGGAUAUCGCGUUCAUGAGUAUUCUUGAACUUGGGCAACUUCUCAAGGGAAAUUUAAUUACUUCGGUAGAGCUGACCGGAAUUUUCUUGAAGAGACUAAAGAGGUAUGGUCCUGUUCUGGAAUCCGUCGUUACAAUUACUGAAGAUUUAGCAUACAAACAAGCAAAAGAGGCCGAUCAACUGCUUGCUGAAGGCACAUAUUUGGGUCCUCUUCAUGGGAUUCCCUAUGGUCUGAAGGACAUCAUAGCAGUACCUAACUAUACCACAACAUGGGGUUCAACAUCUUUCAAAAACCAAGUUCUUGAUAUUGAAGCUUGGGUUUAUAAGAGGCUGAAAUCUGCCGGGGCAGUUCUUGUUGCAAAGUUAGUAACUGGUUCUUUAGCAUAUGAUGAUAUCUGGUUUGGUGGUAGAACGAGAAAUCCAUGGAACAUUGAGGAAUAUUCUACGGGAUCAUCAGCAGGGCCUGCUUCUUGCACCUCAGCAGGUUUGGUUCCAUUUGCAAUCGGUUCCGAAACUUGCGGCUCUAUUACCUAUCCAGCUUCUCGUUGUGGUGUCACGGCACUGCGGCCCACUUUUGGAGCUGUUGGUCGAACGGGUGUUAUGAGCAUAGCUGAAAGCUUGGUACUAAUAUUUCUUCCCCAGUGCAAUUCCUUUCCUAACAUUAGUUUUGAGUACAAUAAAAUAAAAAAUCUAACUUUUUGUCAGGAUAAAUUAGGCCCUUUUUGUAGAAAUUCUGUGGAUUGUGUGAUUGUUCUGGAUGCCAUUUGGGGAAAGGACCCAGAUGAUGUUUCAUCCAGAGACAUACCCUUUAGAGAUCCAUUCUCAGUUGAUAUCACAAAGUUCACUGUUGGAUAUCUUGAGGAUGCUGAGAUGGAAGUUGUUCAUGUACUUCAAUCAAAAGGAGUGAAUAUGGUCCUGUUUAACCUGAGUUACAGUGUUGAUUCUGUCCAAGGUAUCCUCAAUUUCACAAUGGAUGUUGAGAUGCUGGCUCACUUCGACAAAUGGCAGCGCUCAAACCUGGAUGAUGAAUAUGAAGCCCAAGAUCAAUGGCCUAUUGAACUUCGCCGAGCACGUGCCAUAUCUGCCGUUGACUAUGUUCAGGCACAAAGAGCUAGAGGUAUAUUGAUUCAGCAAGUAAGAGAAAGUUUCAAAGUUGAUGCAUUUAUUGGAAAUGCAACUGACUGGGAGAAAGUUUGUGUUGGCAACCUUGUGGGUAUCCCGGUAGUUAUUGUUCCAACAGGAUUCAAAAAGAUAUCUGAUGCACCAUCAAAUGAUACUCGCAGGAGAACAACAAUAACUACAGGCAUAUAUGCUCCUCCAGACCAUGAUCAUGUCGCCUUAGCUUUAGCAAUGGCAUAUCAAUCAGUCACCAAUCAUCAUAAGCAGCGGCCACCAAUUGAUGACCUUGGGCCAAAUGAUUCUAUUCCAGAGUCACUAAAAUCCCUGUAGUGGUGUUGAAGGUUGUUUAUGCUCAUAAGUGCUUGUUAUGAACCUCCAUGUGCUCGAACCUGGUGUGGUUCAAACCAACGUUGUAGCUGUUAUAAAACUGAAAAGUAUGAAUCGCAGUUUUCUGUUUGGGGCAUGAGGAAGAUAAAAUUGUCUACUUCUUCCUCUUUCUCUGUUUUAUGGUUCUAAUUUUGUAAAAUUUCUCAUUACUUUUGAUCUGUAAAUGAUUGUAACCUUGUAUUUAGUGGAUUAUUUAUCCAAGCUUAAGAGUAUCACUUCUA